AUGAGAUGUUGCCUGGGUGAGUUAGGGUUAUCGCUUCGUGCACGCAGGCCACCCGGCAGCGGUGCUGACCAUCGUGACUUUCAACAGGAGAAGACACCAUUGUGCAGUACGGAAAACAGAUGAUUCCUAUCGAGGAUACUUUGGGUAGAGCUGGUGGGCCAGCCCUCUGGCAGAUCACUCGUGUGACCAAGCCGGUCGUGCUCAAGGAUGGUGAUUGCCUGGCGGUCCCUGGCGACUCGGAGGUAGACGCCAACCCUGUGUUCAGCAGCAGACGUGAACCGAUGAUUUCCCACCCAGGCCGCGGUGUUCACGUGGUCGACUCUGAGAAUGAGGGGGUCGUCGGAGGACGUCUUCGCGAUAUGAUGUGUUGGGGCAAGAGGUGUUCAAACUGA